AUGACUGAAUUAUAUUCUGAUGAUUUUGAUGAAUUUAAUAUGUGUGCACUUAAGAAUCAACUUGCAAAUUACAUUAUUGAUGUUCAUGACAUCGAUAAUAGGUUCUCCAAUUUAAAUGGGCUUUAUGAUCUUUCAAAAAGAUUGGUUCGGACAAAAAAACCUUCCUAUUAUCCUCUUAUAUUUCGUUUGGUGAAAUUUGCUUUGCUUCUGCCAGUUGCCACUGCAUCUGUUGAAAGAGCCUUUUCAACAAUGAAAUUUAUUAAGAAUAAGUUGCAGAGUAGAAUGAACGAUGACUUUUUGAGCGGUUGCAUGGUUCCUUUUAUGAAAAAAGAUGUGUUUAAUAACAUUUCAGCUGAUGAUAUUAUUUUGUCUUUUCAAGAAAUGAAACCUCGUCGAGUGGUAUUGUGA